CUCUCUUCUUUAGUUUCUACAAAUCUCUCUCUCUCUCUUCUUCAGUUGUUGCAAAGUUCUCUCUCUCUCUCUAAAUUCCACUAUGCGCAGGCAGUACCACCCGGCCUCCUCCAUACUUCCAACUUCAAAACCACUGUUGGUCCCAACCAAGCCCAAAUCAGUGGUUUCCCCCAAGCCCCGAAGGCUAAGGCUCGGAGCCAGGCUCACAACCGCACCUCAGGCUCAUGACACCACCACCAUGUACCAACGGCUAUCCAUACCUGACACAGCAGGCUUGGAGGAGAUCAAGGCGGCAUACAGGCGGGCUGCGCUCCAAUGGCAUCCCGACACGUGUCGCUCCCAGAACCGUCGGCACUGCACAGAGCAAUUCAUCAGGGUUCAGGAGGCCUACAGGGUCUUAUCCGACCCUGUGUUAAGGGAGCAGUAUGACCUUAACCUGGAGAAUUACCAAAUUGCCCACAGCAAUUUUGGGGAUGGGUUCUUGUGUAGGCAGAGAAACAGGGGGGACAGGAUGAGGUAUUAUGGGAAUUGGGAAGGGCAGUUGGAGGAAUUGGGGCUCCGGUCCGACCAGAAAAAAUCUUCUUGGGGAGCUAGAAUGAGAGCUAAUCAAAACAAAUCAUGAUGAUUUUAUUUUAGGAUUAUGCAAUAAGACCAGGGCAUACAUGAAAUUCGAUAGUUGCAGUGUGUCAAUUUCUCAUGCUGAACAAGAAAUGCUUUUUUGGUUGCAAGCAGUUGAAUUAUGUCGGUAUCAAAUUUAAACAGUUGAGAAUGAUUGUGAACUUUUUUUCAUCUUAUCAGAUUGUAACUUUUUUUGUUUUAUCUUUGUAAAUUAUGUAUAUCGAUAUUUAGUGGUAACUCAAAAGUGUUAGUUUUGUUUUUUCACGUUGUACAGGAAAUGUUUUUUUGAUUGCGAGCAGUUGAAUUAUGUCGGUAUCAAAUCUAAACAGUUAAGAAUGAUUGUGAGCU